AUGCCAAUUCCCAAGCCUCAAGUUCUGCGAACCUUCUACCGAUCCUCAUCGGCUCGCCAUGUUUCCUCCACCCCCGCCCGGUUGGCUACCGCAACCUCUCCAUCCUCGCGAUCCAACAUCAAUGACCCUCGUGGCGGAGCUCCAGUCGACGACAUUGAUCUCGUCUUCGACUACCCGACCUCGCAACAGGCCUCCCCGUCGACGAGCCCUCCCUCCCUCGAGUCCUCAGGUUUGAGUGCCUCCAGCAUUUCGGGAGGCGCGUACACGGGUCACGGGUUCGACAUGGACGAGACUAUCAUGUCGGCCCAGGAGACGGUAGGGCAGGUAAAGGACAAAAUGGGCGAUGUGAUGCAUACCAGCAAGGCGACCAUCAAGAGAGUCGACAAGGAGAUGGGUUACCCAGAUAAUAACGUAAUCUAUGCCGGUCUGGGAGCUCUUGGACUUGCAGCACUGUAUGUUACCCUCCGUGAACCUGGCGUCACGGAGGAGGUACGUCGACGGGAUCCCACCUUAGAUGCUCGACGCGGCAUGCACAACGUCAAGCAUGACUUCCCCGCCCACGCGCCGUUGGAGAACAAGGUGGAGAAGAUGAUCGGCCGUACUGGUUAA